UGUCUUGAGUGAGAGAGAGAGAGAGAGAGAAACCUGGUACUUUAUUUAGUAGUACUCCUGCCACUACUGCCACUCUGCUGUUACCCACCACAAACACAAACACAAACACACACACUAACACUCACUCUGCGUGAUGGAGGGAGUCGGGUCGAGACUGGGCCGGGCUUCAUCCCGGUACGGCACAGCCACCGCAGUGUUCACCGGCCCAGUCAGGAAGUGGAAGAAGAAGUGGGUCCACGUCUCUCAAUCCACCCUCACUUACCAAAACAACUCCAACUCCAACUCUCACUCCCACUCCCAAUCCCAAUCCACCACCACCACCAUCAACAACAACAACAACAACAACGGUGGCUCUCGCCUCAUCCUCUGCCGGUGGACACCUCUCUCUCCCACCCCCGCUGCUGCCGCCGCCGCCACCGCCGACUCCGGCUCCGGCUCUGCUGACGAGCCCCCCAGAAGAAAGUUCCGCUACACCCCAAUUGCGGUGCUAGAAGAGCAGAAAAGGGCAGUUGUAAAAAAGGCUGAAGACGAAGCUAUCACAAGUGAGACCAACCAAUCUAUGAGGCUGAACAGCGAUGAAGUUUUGAAGGAAGAAACUCAGGAUUCACAUAUAAGCCAUCUGGAUUUGGGUUUGUGCUUAACAGGCCCCAAUAGCAACGUUGAUUCUGUUGGCCAGAACAGAGAGAGUCAAAUGGAGAGUGCCAGCUCAAGUGGUUUUGGUCAACACAUUGAGGUUCAGAAUUUUCUGAAGACAAACUGACCUGAAAAAUUGCUUAAUGCAAUAACAUGAAGUCAGCUUUUGGAGACUUUUGUGACCACUGCACUAUUAUCGUACAAUCUCUAUGUGAACGUGAUACUGGUUAAUCUUGUAAUUAAGUCACAGCCUAUGGUAAAUCCAGCAUCACCUUAUAUAUAGUUAGGCUAGUAAGUUUUAGUAGUAUGUAAUGAAAAGCAAAUGGUGGCUUGACUGUUUUAUUGCCUGUAUAUGUUGUUCACCUCUGCAGCUAGUUAACACCUCUAUGCUCAUGCCAUGGAGUACCUUAGUCCUCAGAAAAA